AUGUCUUUAAACUCAGACCAAGUUCCUGUGUUACUCCUCAAGACAAAAUCGGCACCGACGGAUGCGUACGAAGACUUGUUCUCUACCCCGCGGGAUGGCUUUGAUUUCGAACCCACCUUCGUCCCUGUUCUCCAGCACCAAUUCGAAGAUGCUGGAAUGCGCCAAUUUGAAACUUUGCUUCGGGAGAGGCAAAUAAGUAAAAGACCAGGCAGCGCUUACGGCGGUCUCAUUUUUACGUCGCAAAGGGCCGUAGAGGCGUUUUCCAAAUUAGUUCAAGAAGGCAAAGGCGACGAAAGUUGGCCACACCUUCAAGACAUUCCAAUAUAUAGCGUCGGUCCUGCUACAACUCGUGCAAUUAAUGCCGUUUCUCAGAACCCUCCGCUUCAGGUCUUUGGAGAGCAUACCGGAACUGGCGAUGUGCUCGCGCAAUUUAUUCUAGAGCACUAUGGCGAAUGGUACAAAGAUCGGCCAACCAAGCCCCCACUGCUGUUCCUGGUGGGCGAGCAGAGGCGAGAUAUUAUACCAAAGACAUUGAUGGACACAAAUUUGCCGGAUAACCAGCGAAUUGAUGUGACAGAGAUCGUGGUAUACGGCACCGGUGUCAUGGAAUCAUUUCCUAGCGACUUCGCAUCGGUAUUGCAAAAGACGUCGGACCGACCGGCGAGGUGGGUAGUCGUCUUCUCGCCAACGGGCUGCAAUAGUAUGCUCAAGGGAUUGGGCGUGCUAAACGACAAGUCAGGAAAGGUUGAGAAGUCGCCUCGUAAAGAGAAGCCGCCUACGUAUAUCGCGACGAUUGGGCCGACAACACAGGGGUAUCUUAAGAAGACGUUCAACUAUGAGCCGGACGUGUGCUCUGAAAAGCCGAGUCCCGAGGGAGUCUGGCAGGGCAUUACUGAUUUUACCAAAGGGCUAACAUAG